AUGAAAGAUGUUCUUGUUUCUCUAUGUCUGCUCGGCUCUCUUCUACCCGCCGCCUCGACUCAUUGUUCGGUCCCAGCCUCGGAGUUUCAGCUGGAAGGAGAUUAUGUGAUAGGUGGACUUUUUGAUAUUCAUCACCUCAGCACCAUUGAUUAUCAUGUCCGACCAGAGGCCAUCGACUGCUCCAGUCAACCCUUCCUUCUGCCAAAUUAUCGAAGGUUUCAGAUGAUGAGAUUCGCCGUGGAGGAAAUCAAUAACUCCACUGAGCUGCUGCCGAAUGUGUCUCUUGGCUAUGAGAUUUUUGACCACUGCUCAGAUACACAGAAUUUCCCAGCGAUUUUUCACCUCAUGUCAGUCGGUGGCGUGAUUGAAACUUGGGGUGAAAAACACGAGUCCCACGUGUCGGACGUGAUCGCAGUGGUCGGUCCUUUCACAACAUCUCAGGCUUUAGUUGUGGCCCCAAUGUUCAUGGUGGAUCUCGUUCCUGUGGUCAGUUAUGGAUCUUCUAGUUCUGUCCUUUCAAAGAAAGCUAAAUUUCCCUCUUUCCUACGCACAGUCCAUCCUAACAAGGACACCAUAACUGUAAUUGUUAGAAUUCUGCAACACUUCAACUGGCGCUGGGUGGCCUUCCUUAACAGUCAAACUGAUUUUGGCAUGGAUGGACUUGAAACGUUCUUAAAUGUGAUUGAGGACUCUGAGAUCUGCCUGGCGUACACCAAAGUUAUCCUUGAAGGAAUGAAUUACUCCCAAAUGUUCAAACAGAUAGAGGAACAGAAUAUACACGUAAUUAUUGUUUUUGCUCAAAAAGUGCAUGUUGAAGCUCUCAUUGAAUCAGCGAUACAUCUGCAUAUCUCCAACAAGGUGUGGAUAGCAGAUGAUGGAUGGGCCUUGAACCAGCAGCUCCCCAAGAAGAAAGGAAUCAGAAAUAUUGGAACUGUGCUCGGAGUGUCUCAGACAGUCGUCGGGAUGCCUGGUUUCAGUGAUUUCAUCGCGUCUUUUAAAAGCCACACUCACUGUGGAAAUGAAGGACAGCAGACGUUUUGUAAUCAGGUUUGCAACUGCAGUAGCCUGAGUGCAGAAGAUGUCAUCACAGCAGACCCAACUUUCUCUUUUACUGUUUAUUCUGCUGUGUACGCAAUUGCACAUGCUUUACACAAUGUUUUACAAUGUGGAGCCGGCACAUGUAAUGACAGCACUGCAGUGUACCCUCACAUGGUUCUCGCUGAGCUGAAGAAGUCAAACUUUACGCUGUUAAAUCAAAGUGUUCAGUUCGAUGAGUACGGUGACCCCAAGUUUGGAUCCUAUUCUAUAGUUUUCUGGAACAAGAGUGGUAGUGCGCAGGAGAUCGGCUUUUAUCGUGUCCACCCAUCAGUCGACUUUUUCAUCAACAGCACUGAAAUAGAGUGGUACAAGGAUGGAGAUGUGCCUACUUCCCUGUGUUCCCCAGAGUGUCCUAUGGGAUAUGCCCAAAAGUCAGAUGGAAGCCACGAAUGCUGCUUCAGUUGUCAAAUGUGUCCCGAUGGAACUUAUGUUAACAGCACAGAGGAUCCCUAUAAGUGCAUGGACUGUAAGGAGACAGAGUGGUCUGCAGAAGGAAGCACCUCAUGCACCCUGCGGCUGGUGGAGUACAUCCCAUUCACAGACAGUGGGGCUAUACUGAUCAUGUUCGGGGCCUCGGCCUUGGUGGGCCUCUCUCUCGCCAUGUCUGGUCUCUUUGCCGUGAACUACAACACCCCUGUUGUCAGAUCUGCUGGGGGACCUAUGUGCUUCCUAAUCUUAGGCUGCCUCAGUCUGUGUAGUCUCAGUAUUUACUUUUACUUUGGCAAACCAACUCUUUCUUAUUGUAUCUUGAGACUCUUACCGUUCUUCUUGUUCUACACUGUUUGUAUGGCAUGUUUUGUUGUGCGCUCAUUUCAAAUUGUUUGCGUUUUCAAAAUGGCUGCCAAGUUUCCCAAGCUGCACAGCUGGUGGAUGAAGUAUCAUGGACAGUGGCUGGUCAUAACUGCGGCAUUUGUCACUCAGGCACUGUUUAUUACCAUUGGCUAUUCUUAUACAUCCCCCAGGCCCUAUAAUGAAACCGUAUGGUACCCAGAUAAAAUCAUACUCAGUUGUGACUUCAGUCUGGAAUCCUUCUCUGCUCCUAUAUCUUUACUUGUAUGUCUAUGCUGUCUUUGCUUUAUUUUCUCCUACAUGGGGAAAGACCUCCCCAAAAAUUACAACGAGGCCAAAGCGAUAACGUUCUGUCUGCUGCUGCUGAUCUUCACCUGGAUCAUCUUUGUCACUGCAUACUUGCUUUACCGGGGAAGAUACAUCCAAACUCUUAACGCUGUGGCAGUGCUCUCCAGUCUCUACUCCUUUCUGCUGUGGUACUUCCUGCCAAAAUGUUACAUCAUCAUUUUCCAACCCAAGAAAAACACACAGCAGUACUUUGCAGGUCUCAUUCAGAACUAUACUAAAACUAUUAGCCAGUAG